UGCCAUGUUGGAUGUACGCAUCGCUGCUGCAGCUACUGGAGUUUCCGAAUGAAAGUUCAGCGUUUGUCCGCGUCCAGAAGAACAACGAGUCCUUAAGUUUUGAUCUAACACCGAACGGAGAAGUUCGGUUUCUUCGUUAAACCGGUAGCACGCUUAGAAAGCCGCCCCGGGUCCUCCUUCUCCUCCUCCGCCCUCCAGACCGGAGUCGGACUCAGUGGAAAUGAUCCGGUUGCAGGCCACAGCAACCGGAGCCCGCAUGGAUUUUGUGUAAUUAGCAGUGUUUUAUUGAGUCUUUCCGGGGAGAACCGCAUCGUUUGGGGGGUAAUAAGAAGAAUUUGGUGUCAUGAACAGCCACCCACUCCCCCGCAGGGCCGUGAACGUGGGCUCCAUCCUCCUGACCCCGCAGGAGAACGAGUGCCUGUUCGGCUACCUAGGCAGGAAAUGCGCCACUCUGUGCUCGGCGGUGGUGCAGGUGUACGGCUCAGACCGGAGCUGCUGCUGGGUGAAGCGGUGUUGUGGAGUGGCCUGUCUGGUCAAAGACAACCCACAGAGGUCCUACUACAUCAGAGUGUUUGACAUCAAGGAAGGAAAAAUCAUGUUCGAGCAGGAACUGUACCACAACUUCUCCAUCAGCAGCUCCAGAUCUUACUUCAUCUCAUUUACAGGAGAUACCUGUCAGAUCGGUCUGAACUUUGCCAGUGAAGAAGAGGCCAAAAGAUUCAGAUCCGCCAUCAACGACCUGCUCAACCGACGACAGCGCAAAACCGAGAAGAGAGGUGACCCUAAAAAUGGUCCCGCUCUGCACAUGGCCACAGUGGACAUCAAGAACCCGGAGAUCAACAACGUCAGAUUCCACAACUCCCACAGCCACCAGCAGCCGUACCACCUCAACAACAUGCUGAGCCACAGCGGGCUGAACAGGAAGGACAAGAAGACCAAAGGCAAGAAGAAGAAGCUGACCAAGGCAGACAUCGGCACGCCCAGCAACUUCCAGCACAUCGGUCACGUGGGCUGGGAUCCAAACACAGGUUUUGAUCUGAACAACCUGGACCCAGAACUGAAGAACCUCUUCGACAUGUGCGGCAUCUCUGAAGCUCAGCUGAAGGACCGAGAGACGUCCAAAGUCAUCUACGACUUCAUCGAGAAGAAGGGAGGUGUGGAGGCUGUCAAGAACGAGCUGAGGAGGCAGGCACCCCCUCCACCUCCUUCUCGUGGCGGCCCCCCUCCUCCUCUACCACCCCCACACAACUCGGCUCCUCCCCCUCCACCUCCCCCAUCAAGAGGAGGCCGAGGAGCCCCUCCUCCCCCUCCUCCCUCCAGAGCCCCCGCUUCAGCUCCUCCCCCUCCGCCUCCCUCCAGGCCGGGAACUUUGGGUGCCCCGCCCCCUCCACCUCCUCCCACCAGAGGAGGUCACCCGCCCCCACCUCCUCCCCACCAUCACCACCACCAGCCUCCCCCACCUCCUCCUCCAUCUGCGUCACACGCCUCCAUCUCCCCCCCAGCCCCGCCUCCCCCGUUGUCCCAGCAGUCUACAGGAGGCGGCUCUGGCCCUGCUCCACCUCCUCCGCCUCCCCCUCCACCUCCUCCUCCCGGGCCCCCUCCGCCUCCAGAGCUGGACGGUGUCGGUGGAGGCGGAGACUCUCCUCAUUCGCCGAGCCCCGGCGGGAAGUCGGCGCUGCUGGAGCAGAUCAGAGGAGGAACUCAGCUGAAGAAGGUGGAGCAGAUCAGCCGAGUGCCUGCCUCCGGCGUGGGACGAGACGCCCUGCUGGAUCAGAUCCGACAGGGAAUCCAGCUCAAGACGGUGCCGGAUAAUUUGGAGUCCGGCCCUCCAACGUCAGCUCCCACCGCAGGCAUCGUCGGCGCUCUCAUGGAAGUGAUGCAGAAGAGGAGCAAAGCCAUCCAUUCCUCAGAUGAAGACGAGGAUGACGACGAAGAUGAGGACUUCGAAGACGACGACGAGUGGGACGACUAGUGAAAACGUCCCUGCUCAAACACGCCCCUCCCCCUUGCACCUACUGCGACACUAAAAAUAUCUUCUAAACAACUUCCAGCAUCUGACUAAAAUUGUAAUGUUAAUGUUGUAUGAAUUGGCUGUAUAUUUAUUUUUGCCUUUUUGCUUUUUUUUUAUGAUUAUUAUAAUUAAUCUGUGCAAUACCUCAUCUGUUAAAUCUGUAGAGUUCGUCACACAUCCUCAUCGUUAAAGACUUUCCCUGGGACUUCCUGUCAUUAGAAAGCACUUAACACCGUCAUCAGCACAAUGUGGGACGCAGCCGGCUACAUUUCAUUAUCACUAAUCAAUCAUAUAAAACACUUGCUGCUCCGCUCAGAGGAGUCUGAGCUGGAGUCUUCAUGUGCUCCAUGGGAAAUAUUUUUUUAUGUUAAUUUCCUCGUGUCUUCAUUCCUCGUUACAGAAACUGAAAAGGGAGACGUACGUGUGACCAAACAGGCAGGAUCCUCUUUGUGUUUGACAGCGGUCGGCUUAAAUGCGAGAUAACACUAUUUUCUUACUGUGCUUCUUUUCGUACCUCCGAGUUUCCUAAUAAAUUGUAGUUUAGUCAUGUUAUUUUUUCAUAAAUCCUUUUGACCAAAAUGCAGCGACUCUUGUCGCCUCACGUGGGUUUUCAACUUUUAUUUUUUAUGAAUUUAAAGCCGUUUAUUUGCACACAGUUUAUAUGAUAGUUUGGUUUCGUGUUUUUCAGGUGUGCUUUUGUCGAGUAAUUUUUAUUUUGUUACAGUGACGAUGGACACUUUUAAAAGGUUUUGUGACCUUUUAAAUGGGACUACAAACAUUUAAAUGACUGACGAUGUUCCACUUUCCUUGGCUUAAUACAAAAACAUUUCUACACACAUUAACUCGCAGACACACACACACACUGUGGCAUUUGUGAAAUUAUGAAAGUUUUGUUCUUAAUGUCUGGUUGGUUGUUUUUGUUGUGAUGUCAUUCCGUUAUUUCCUGCAGGAGGAAACAUCAGCAGCGCUCUGGUCGGUAUUUCAAACAAAUAUCACGUCUUGCAAAAAAAGUAACAGAUAUUAAAAAAAUCAUUCAUCCUC